GGCGCCCUCUUCGUGCGCCCGUACGCGUUUGUCGCCUGGGUCGGUGACGUUUUGGAGAAAAAAAAGUCGCGAACACAUCGACGGUGCGUGCAAAUAAUCGUUUUAUUUCAUGGUUUCGCCGACCAACCCGGUGCCACUGCCGCGAUGGAGGAAGCCAAACUGGCCAGCUUGCUGAGCAACGUACGAAAGUCGAACGACAAGGGCGCAAUCUACCGCAAUUUGGUCGCGAUUCGGGCGAACUUUGUGACGAGCGAUGGGGGAAUCAAGCUGUUCACGGCCCAGGACGGCAUCAACGUGCUGGUCGAGCUGCUCAGCAAACCGUACGAAAAGGUGAUCGAGGUGGUGCUGAGCAUACUGGGGAACUGCUGCACCAAGAAGGAAUGCUGCAAGCAGGCGUUCGAAUGCGGAAUACUGAAACCGUUGAUAUCGAUCAUUUCCAACAUUCCGAACCCGAGCAUCCAGUGCCGGGGCUGCCGGCUGCUGGGCAAUUUGGCUCAGCACGAACCCAUCAGCUACAAGAUUGCCCGGGACAAUGGGAACACGGCGUACGCGCUCAGCACCAUCCUGAACGAGUCGGACAACAAGGCGGUGCUGAUAAUGGUGAUCCGUGCCAUUCGGCAGCUGUGGCGUGAAAAGUCGCUCCGCACCACGCUGAUGGAGCAGGGAUGCAUCGGGAAGAUAGCGUACCUGCUGGUGCGCUAUGCACAGAUCGAUUCGGAAACGGAAUCGCCCCCGGCGCCGGACAUAAAGCUCUCGCCCACCGGGAGCAGCAGCGGCGGCAGCAGCAGCAGCUGCAACCACGACGAGGAGAAGGUCGUCCUGAAGCACUGGCACGCCCCGGACCGGAUGGUGACGAAGGAAAAGUUCAACAACAUCGUGCGCAACAUGGAGCACAGCCAGCUGUGCGAUAUCGUGGGCUACCAGGUGAUACAGAACUAUCGCUGGAAGGAUCGGCCCGACUUCCGGCUGCCCGAGUCGGACGAAACGGGCAAGCUGUUCGAGAGUGCGCUCAAGUGCUUGCAGAUGAUCACGACCACGGUCGUGCAGCAGGUCAUUGAGGAGAUCUACGGGGAGGCCGGGGCCGGGCUGCACUGUCUCGUGUACCUGUGCGGCGAGACGAGCCCGUUCCGGGCACUGUCGCUGAAGGUGGUCUCCAACCUGGCCGCCAAUCCGGACGCAAUCGAUCGGCUGACGGAGUGUGGUGUAAUCAAAAUGGCCGCCGAUCUGAUCAUGUACGCGAAUCUGGAUGAGUCGGAGAAGCGGUACUGCAUCAACAUGAUGUGUCUGCUCACGAAGGAAGCCUGCAACCGGGGGCACAUCCGGCGCAGCGGCGCACUGCAGUCGUUCAUGAAGAUCGCCAAGCAGUCGCACGAAAAGCGCGAGCAGGCGAUGAUACUGUACGCCCUCUACCAGUACCGGUUCGACAGUUUGAGCAACGAGAUACUGCUCAGCAACGGGCUGGUGAGCUUUCUCGUGCGCAUCCUGAACGGUAUCAUUGCGGACAGGGAGGUCGCACACAUACGCCACGACGAGGAGGAAAGCGAGCGGGUCUCGCACGCGAGCGUGUUCAGCAAGCGCCGUGCGACCUUCGCCAAGGCAGGCAAAAUGCGUCGCAGUGAUUUGCUGUUCCACUACAAGUCGGGAAAUGGGUACCAUCAGAAGCAGCAACAGCAGCAGCAGCAGCAGCUGUUGCUGCUGCAGCAACCACAUCACACGGCAGCGAAGCAAUCGAAGCUGGAUCCGUACUGCUCAGCACCGGAAUCGCCCGACAGUGGCAGCAGUGGGUAUGCGAGCACCAGCUACGGAACCGUGCGAAGUCCUUCCACGAGCGUUGGAUCUAGCCCGCCGCGCCUGCCGGAAGAUGAAGCGUUCGAGGACGAUACGGAAGUUUACUCGCCCGUGUGCAGCGAUCACGAGCAGGAGGAUGAGUCGAGUGGGGGCAGUGGCGAGCCAACGGGUGAACAAAUGGCUGCCAGCGAGGCAAGGGAGCAAAACGAACAAGCGGAGGAGGAAGAGGAAGCUGACCCCGUGGUGGACGGUGCGGAAGAGAUGAACGAUUUCGACAUGGUCGCGUACCUCAUCGAGGACAGCUCGAACGCCAAGUGGCUGGAUGCGGCCGAAGAGCUGGAGGACGACAGUACGGGAUUGAGGGCGACGAAAACCACCACCAGCCACCACGCGGAGGACUGCAUCGAUGAUAAUGAAAUGUUCAAGAUCGAGCUCGAAAUCGCCACGGCCAAAACGUUCGAACGGUACCCGAUGCAGCCGACGCUCACGCUGCUCUGGUCCGUCUCGAAGUCCUUUCCCGCGAUGGAGUUCGUGCAGGCGGACACGCUCGAAACGCUGCUGAAGAUAUGCAAGCACGCGAAGAAGCCGCGCGGUCGCGCGUUCCAAACGCUGGCCAACAUACUGAAGCACGUGAACCACUUUCUGCCGCUGCUGAAGCAGGACUUUGUGUUUAGGCUGCACGAGAUGAAAACGCCGUACCCGGCGCACGGUGCGCGGUGCUGGAGCUGCGACGAGAUGCGCACGGCCUGCAACGAUCUGAUGGCGCUGUUCGGUUCGGUCGGCGAGACCGGGUACGGGCAGGGCGAGAUUGCGCACAUCCUGCGGACGGGCGAGCGCGACCUGAAGCUGCGCGUCGCGAUCAUCGUGCUGUUUGUGGUGCGCGAUACGCGCCUGCUGCACAAGCUGCUGUUCGACAUGAAGGUGCUCGAGAUGGUGAUGGACUUUAUACUGGACGAAGGUACCAACGGGCAGCAGCAGCAGCAGCAGCAGCAGCACAGGUUAAAUGGCAUUGCCUGCAGCGCUAUAACGCGGCUGGCACAAAACCUGUCGAUCGUGGGCGAGGAGGAGGACACCGGCACGCCGAGCGAGAAGCUGGAGGAGAAAGAGUUCGACAACACGGUCACGAUCUGCGACGAGUCGGCCACCAGCGUGGACGAGAAGGUAACGUUCCGGGUGCGCAGCAGCCCGACUGCGCCGCCGGAAGCGGUGCUGGUCAGCAAAGCGCUGCUGGUCGAGGGCAGCGAAGUGUUUCGCCGCAUGUUCGAGGCGGACCACUUCAUCGAGUCGAAAAACAACGAGGUGCACCUGCACGAACCGAUCAGUGCCGAUGGGCUGCGGUACUUUUUCUACCUCGUGCGGCUGCAAACGCUCAACAAGCUGACCGGGAUGGCGCCGCCGCCGAAGGUGAUCGAGGCCAGCCUGGACGCGCUCAGCCUCGCGCAGAAGUACCUGCUGCCGACGGUGGAGAAACCGGUGAUGAACAUCAUCAAGACGCUGCUGAACGAUGACUGCGUGCUGAACGUGUUCGAGUGGUCGCUGAAAAACUACAACCAGGAGCUGCUGGUCGCCUCGACCUACUACUUCCUCUACUCGGACAUUAGCGGGGCGGCAAAGUGCAAGCUUUACCGGGCGGCCAACCGGUCCUGCUAUCGGGACGAAUGGCGACGGCUACUUACCGAGACCAUCCUGUACCGGGUGCAGCCGAACGCGGAGCUUUAAACCUUGGUUUGUCUCUCUCUCUCUCUCUCUCUCACCGUCAUCACCCGUUUUCUUUUGUACUGUGAUCGAAGCUUCGGUGGUCGCUGCCAUCGUGCCCCUUCCCUCCCUUAUCACCCUGUAUACGCGCAUAGGCAUAGUUUGCCGGUUGAAAACGUUAAACGUACGCUAGCUUUAGUUUGGUCACUUGCCCUCCUCCGGCUCUAUUUUAUAGUUCUUUACUCCUUGUGUAACAGCAAAGUACACUGCCAUCCCAGUAAUCGUUCUUAACACCAGGCAUCACGUUGAGUGCGAAACGGGGGAUUUUGUAAACA